GGGUUUCUCUCUCCGUCUGAGGAUGCGUGUGUUGUGGUGUGCUGUUUUUCUGCUUUUGUGUGUUCAGACUGAAGCGUCUCCUGUUGAAAACCUCCAUCUACUCCAUCCGGAUGAACACAAGCUCAUCCUGAACCUCGGACAGAAAGAGAUCCCACGGGAUUGUCAUGAUCUGUGGCAGCGCUCGGGCGGUGAGGCGCGGGACGGCCUGUAUGUGAUCCGGCCCGGUGGCUCAAGCAUCGCGGUGUUCUGCGCCAUGGCGGACGGCGGCUGGACGGUGGUGCAGCACAUCACGGUCAACAGCAGCGUGGACUUUGACCGCUCCUGGGACGACUAUAAACGCGGCUUCGGUUCGCUCACCGGGAACCACUGGCUGGGCAACGAGCACCUGCACCAGCUCACCAGCGGCCCAGAGCGAUUCAAACUCGGCAUUAAACUGGUGGACGGAGACGCGGUGACCAAAACCGGCGAGUACGACCCGGUGAUGGUGGAGGACGAGCGGGCGCAGUACCGGCUGAGGCUCGGGCUGUUCACGGGCACCGCAGCGGAUGCGCUCACGGCGGACACUGAGAACUACCUCCACGACAACCAGCGCUUCACCACCAGAGACAGAGACAACGACAACUACUACCAGAACUGUGCCCGGCUAGAGUUCCAGGGCGUGGCGGGCGGCGGCUGGUGGUACGAUGCGUGCGCAGGCGCCAACUUGAACCGCAGGAACGUCAUCUACUGGCAGAAAGACUGCAAUAAAGAGCGCAUGUGCAAAUACGCCUGGAUGAUGGUGAAGCCCUCAGAGCAGCUCAAAGUCAUCCGCAGCGGAGAGUGUGGCAGAGACGAGCUCUGAGGUGUGAAGUACUACAGUCAUCUAUACUGGUGUUUUUGAAGCA